CAAUGGGAGGCCCGUGUGUACUCGCUGUUUUGGCUCCGUGGCCAAUCAGAGCGCGCACUCGGGUUUGUUGUUGGUGAUGAUGAUGAACUGAAAAUAUUUGUUGUUACUGGAAGGCGAGCCGCGAGGAGAGAGAGCGCGUGAAGGAAGGGCCAGGCAGGGACGCUCGCUUUCGACGGACGCGCAAACAUUGUACGGAGAUUUCCGUUCCCGGGAGUCGCAGAGGAGCGAACGGCGGCGAUGUCGGUGAAUAUGGACGAGCUGAGACAUCAAGUGAUGAUCAACCAGUUUGUUUUGACCGCGGGCUGCGCGGCGGAUCAGGCGAAGCAGCUUCUGCAGGCGGCUCACUGGCAGUUCGAGACGGCUCUGAGCUCUUUUUUCCAAGAGGCUAACAUCCCCAGUCAUCACCAGAUGAUGUGCACUCCACGCAACACUCCUGCCACGCCGCCCAACUUCCCAGACACCAUCACGAUGUUCUCCAAGCUGCGGACGUCUGAAUGUAGCGGGGCCGGCGCUUCAGCCCAGAUGUCUAUGCCAUGUUCUCCUCCUCCACACUCCUCCGCACAGGGAUUCGGCUCUUUCUGGGCCUCCUCGCCCCCCAACCACCAGCCCGUCUGGCUGCCGCCGUCCUCCCCCACAGGCCACCACAUGCUCCAUCAUCACCACCAUCACAUGCACCAGCCGCCCACGUGGCCACCCGUCUCCCAGCCCACCAGCGGCCAGCAGACGCCCGUCAUGUCAGCCCUGCAUGGCCAGAGAUGAGACUCUGCGGCAGGGGGAGACACGGGGUAUACGGGGCGAGGAUACACAGUUUAACGGGGUGGGAAUAUACUCACUGAGACUUUGGAUGGCCAAGGGGGAAAGACGUGGUACCCUUUCUUUCAGUUUUCUAAUGAUGAACAAUCGCUCUUCUUUCGGAGAUCUCAUUUUGUUCUUUUACCUGUUGUCGAUUUACUUUCCGUCCAAAUCUGGGAAGAACCACUGAGGAAAAAAAAUGUAUAAAUUAUGGAAGUUAUUAAGAAGUGUAAGAGUCCCAAAGAAGCCUCUUUUUUUCACCAUCCAGCAGCGAAAGAAAGAAAGCCACGGAGUCGUCAGCAGUGGACGAUCAGGAUGAAUUUGUGCGUGUGAAUGUUCGGUCAUUCGUUCGUCGUAUUUGGACUCUCCUCCUUCUGUAGCGCUGUGUUGGCACUCGCAAUAAAAUGCCUGACAUUCAGUAAAACUGAAUCACAUAUCACGGUGGUCGUGCUGUUCUGCCUCCCAGGAAGCAUCAAGAGGACGUUUCUGUAUAACUAGUGUCUACGAGUUCUUAACAGAGGCUGUUAUGUGGUGAUUAAUCACCUUAUAUUUGUACGAAAUGCACAUUUUCAAGUGCACAUGGCCUCCGAUAUAACUGAGAUACUGAAUUGAAUUUAGUCUGAAUCGACAAGAACUGUUAGUCCGAAUGUAAAUGGGGAGGGG